AUGCCCACACUUUCGAAUUUUGAGCUACGAAAAUUCUCUACUCGAGCCAAUGGCGAUUGGAAGCACUAUCCUCGACAUGGACUAGCGUUUAGUGUAUUACUAACCCUGGAGCUGGGUAUGACUAUCACCAUUCGAUCCAAGGGAACGAUGAUUGAGAAGAUCUGCUAUGAUGGGGUCAACAUGAGACUUGAACUAUAUCCUAAAAGCCCUAGACUUGGGUAUAAGAUGGUUGACGAUGAUACUGAACGAGUUUUGGCGAGAUUCCAGACAUGUUUCGCUCUGAGCGGAGAAUUCAACGAGUUCAUGAAGAAAGUUAGUCCUCUUAUUGGAGUGAUCGUGGUCUCAGGAGAACUGAGCAAUGAGCCUCCAGCAGUACCCUCGGCGCUGCCUCAAAACUCGCAAAUACCAGCUUUAUCUCAGCCUUCGCCAACACCACCAUACUAUCAAUCUCCAUCCCAAGGGUAUUCCCCUCAAAUGGCAAUGCCACCGUGGGCAUAUCCUCAAGCUCCGUAUCCCUGGACUUGUCCCCCUGGUUACCCUGCCCCCAUGAUGACGCCUCCGUUUCUGCAGCAAAUGGAUCCAGGUAUGUAUGGCAACAAUGGUUACUUCCCGAUGAAAGCCAUCGACGAUGGAAGGACGAAGCGUCGCCAAUCGCUUUCCCAAACAAGCGGUCUUGAUCAGGAUUUUCCUCCUGAUCAUGAGGAUCACCACGAGCUCAUAAAAUUUUCGAAACAAGACGUUGAUGCCAUCCUCGAUAUCCUUGAAUCCAGCGACUGUCUCGAGACCAUCUUGCCGAUUAUAAAUCUGCGCAAUUUCGUCAAAUUAGUUGACAAAAUGGAGCGAAUAUGGCGGGUGUGA